GUGAGGAGCUGGAGUUUCACUCCCCAACACAGGCUUCUCCUUGCCAGACGCUUACUAUGGAACUCCUAGAGACCAGCCCAUAUUUUUUCACAGAACAGCGAUUUUACGAUGGGGAAAACUACCUGAGCCCUCGCUUACAUAGCUAUGAGCAGACAACCUACCAAGACCGAGCAGCCGUGGCACUGUGUCCUGAGGGAAGGGCUGGUUUGGAAGAGAAGGCCUCAGCCCUGCCAGACCACAGUCCCGGUCAGUGCCUGCCAUGGGCAUGCAAAGUAUGCAAGCGGAAGAGUGUCUCCAUCGACAGGCGCCGUGCCGCUACCCUGAGGGAAAAACGCCGGCUGAAAAAGGUCAAUGAGGCCUUUGAAGCUCUGAAACGGAGCACUUUGCUGAACCCCAACCAGCGGCUGCCCAAGGUGGAGAUCCUGCGUAGUGCCAUUCAAUACAUCGAACGCUUGCAAGCGCUGCUGAGCACCCUCAAUCAGCAGGAGCGGGACCAGCGGGAACUGCGCUACUGUAGCAACAGUGCCCAGUCAGGGGUAUCCAGUGACCAUGGAUCCAGCAGCACUUCAUGUAGCCCGGACUGGAGCACCCAGCUUGAGUUCAGCACUCAUCCUGGAGAUCAUUUGCUGAGUGAUGAUUCGUCUGAAGACCGCAACCUUCACUCACUGUCUUCAAUUGUGGACAGUAUUGUCGUGGAGGAUGUAGCUGUUGCGUUCCAAGAGGAGAGGUCUCAGAACUGAGGAUACAGGAAAACAUGCCCAACUCGCUCACUUUUUAAAAUGAAAGUCACCAGCAGCAGAUUGUAGAGUAGAAGAAACAUGACACUAGGACUUUAUAAAUGGGAGAAGCUCUCUGUGUCUUCACUAACACUGGAAGAUAUUCCAAAUGGGAAGAGCUCUCCUUCCCCUCUAACACUGGAUGAGAUUUUAUUUCCCUAGCCAAAGUCACAGACUUUAACUGGUGAAGCCACUUAUCCAAUUCCGUAUGUCUGAAAAGCUGUUCUGCUUUUUUCCCUAAGCUCAGAGGCAAGCUAAUGAGAAAUAUGCCUCAUUAUUUUAUUUAUGUAUCUGCCAGGUCUCCAAAAAGGUAGUGUUACAGUGACUUCACUGAUAACAAAUAUUUCAUCUCCUCUGGAAAUUGGGCUGGAAUUGGCUGAUAAAAGCAUUCUGAUGUAUUUUGGGAACAUUAAUUAAGGGCGAGAGGACAUCACUUCAGCAUAUUAUGGAAGGAUUCCAGAGUGGCUGUUUUCUUCAGUUUGUAGAAGUUUUGCUUCAUUGGGGGCCAAUGGUUUCUGUGUGCGCGUGUGUGCAAGUGUGUGUACUUUUUUAAAAAGAUACUAUCUGACCAACUUCUUUUGGCAGUUUGCAAUUUCCAGGCACUGAAGCCAUAUAAAUGCUGCCACUGAAGUUUUUUCUACUGCGUGGA